ACUGAAUCAUCAAGGCAUAAAAUACUAUUGUUUAGUGAGCAAAGGGAGGGCUUUCACUGCGAUCCACUGUGAGCUAUAAAUAUGUUUGUGGAAAUACUGAGACACUCUAUCUCAGGCUGUUCGACAGCUGUUUUAUGAAUGGACGGCUCAUUCAGUGUGAAAAGGUGUACUUGGAUUGUUUAUCCCGUGAACCAGUUUGACACCAUUCAGGUCUGGAGAGGAGAUCCCAUCUGUUGGUUGAACCUCAGAUUCAGGAGGAACAGCCAGUCUGCAUGUGCUCUGUGAAUUUGGAGAAAGCAUUGGAUCAUGUCCCACGUACUUUGGGUGGGUGCUGGACUUUGCUGGGGCUGCCCUUAGUCAUCAGUUACGCUCAUGAUUUUUAUGGAUGGAAUUUCUUGGCACAGCCAUGGAGUGAAGGGUUUCCGGCUCAGUGGUCUCAGGAUCUUGUAGAUGAUGUGGCUCUGUUGACUUCAUUGGGCAGUGACUUCCAGGUUGUACCGAAAGUGGGAUGAUAGUACCUCCAAGUGUGUGGCUGGUGGAAAAGGGUGGAGUGCCCACUUCGGGUUGGGAAUGAGUUGCUACCUGAAGUGGGGAAGUUUAUGUGUCUCGACUUGAGUGAGGGAAGCAGAGACUGACAGACAGACCGGUGCAGCUGCUGUGUUGCUGAUGCUGCACAGUUCUGUUGUGGUGAACCUGCUGAUUUACUGGUCGCUGUGGGGAGUGACCAGAACCCCCGGCUGAUGGCAGAUGACUGCCCCUCCCUGAGCCUGGUUCUUAAAAGGGAGUUUUUCCUUCCCACUGUCACGUACAAGUACAUCAGAAGGACCCAGUUGAGGUGGUUUGGGGAUCUGGUCCGGAUGCCUCCUGGAUGCUUCCUAGGUGAGAUGUUUUGGGCAUGUCCAACUGGGAGGAGGUCCUGGGGCAGACCUGAGGACAGUUCAAAACAAGUGUCAACAUGAAAAAAACUAAUCCUCCUCCCCCUGUGGUGGCCUGGCGGCAUCAUGGCAUCUCGGCUGCUGGACCGCCUGAAGCGCUCGCUGUUUAAAGAUGGUCAGGGGUUGGGACCUGCGCAGGAAGAGAGUGGUGGACAGGAAGAAGAGGAGUUUAACGAGGAUCGCUGGGAGGCAGAGCUGGCGGAGGAUGAGGAGUGUGUGACGGAUCGGCUCGGAGGGACACUGUGUUUCGAGGGGGGAGUCGGAGGGCUGGAGGACGGAGCUGAGGGCGAGGGGUCGGGGCAGGACAGCGACUCUGACUUCCUGGGAGAAUCGAUGGAGGACGGCCCCAGCAGCACAGACACCAGUCCUGUGGGUGUUUCCCCAGUCGGCCACUCCUCCUCUUCCUCCUCCUCCCUGCUGACUCGGCAGCUUCAGGAGAGCUGGAGGAGCCUGCGCGGACUCAGCGGAGGUAGCCCCGCCCCCUCCGUGAGACGGCAGACGGACAGCUUGCUGUUCGAGGUGACCGAUGCCAGCGUGGUGCAGGACGGCUCCUCAAAAUAUGUGCUGUACACAAUCCACGUGAUCCAGUCUGGCGGCAGCGAUAAGACUCCUGCCAUCAUCACGCGCCGGUACUCUGACUUCCAACGCCUCCACGCCACUCUCCGCCGUAACCACGGCGAGCACAUGGAGCGUGUCUGUUUCCCACGAAAAAAACUGAGGAGGAAUUUCACCGCGGAGACGAUCGCUAAGCGGAGCCGGGCGUUUGAACAGUACCUGUCUCACCUGUGUUCUCUGCAAGCCCUGCGGGGGGCGCUGUGUGUCCGUCAGUUCUUCUACUUUACUGACCUGCAGACUGGACAGCUGCUUAUCAGGGCGGGACGUUACCAGGAGGCCUUGGGUCCACUGCUCAACGCCAAGAGACUGCAACACAAACUGGGCUGGGCAAGUUACUAUGACAACCAGGCUCAGGCCCCUCCUCCAACCUCCUCCCAUUGGUUCUUCACCCUGGUGGGACUGUUGUGCUGUUUCCAGGAGGUGGACCAGCUGGAGGAGGCUCGCGAUCACUGUGACCACGCCCUGCGUGUUCUGACCCCCACCGAAACUCAGACUAACACAGAAGAUAAGCCCCUCCCACCGGACAAUGAGCCCCUCCAACAGACCAACCUAUCACGUCUUCACAUCGACAGGCCACACCCCCUGCUGUUGCCGCUGUUACGAGUGAUGGUUCGGCUAUCGUGGCAGACGGGGAGAGACAAGCGACAGUGGGAGGAGCUUCUGCAGCAUCUGGAGGAGCGGUGGGUGGGGCUAGACAAUCAUCCAACCAUCAAAGAGUUUCUGGUCAAACACAACCUGCAGGACAGCGGGGGCGAGGGCUAGAAGCUGGUAUGGGACGACCCGAGCGUUAGAGCCACUGCAGGGGAAACAGAGCAGAGAUUUUCAAAAUAAUAGCUGAAUGUUUUGAAAAAAGUUUUGUAGUAAUAAAAUUAUUGUUUUAGAAAUAUAUUGCAAUAAUAAAGUCAAUAUUUUCAGGAGCAAAAUAUAAUUUAGAGAAAAAAGCCAAGUAGAGUCAAAAAUAAUAUUUUAAGAAAAGGUUUAAAUUCUAUGAUUUUCUAUCAUUUAUUGCAGGAACAGAGUUAUGAAAGGGAAACUAGUUUCACGAAUGAAACGUGCUGUGAAGUUUAAUGCGGGGGUCUGUGGGAGGGACUCACCUGUGGAGGCAGUGAGAGGACCUGCAGCUGUUGCCGCUUUCACUGUUCGGCCUCAUAGCUGCUGCUCGGUUUCAGGACAGAAAUAAAAAAAGAUCAUGUGUAGAAAAAAACUACUUUUAAAAAAGGGAUAUUAAUGUAAUUAAUGCAAGAACAGGCGCAGAAGCACGAUUACAAAAAUGUUUAAUGAAUGAACUGAGUAGACUGAAUGACAUAUUUAGGUUUUAGCUGACAGUUGACUGAAGUGUUGGACUUCAGUGUGACCCGGUCUGAAACCUGAAACCCGGCCAGUUCAGGAUCUCAGUUUUUCUUCCCUCUAACAGAGGCUGUAAUUCUCUGCGUACCUGAGCAUCAGCCAGCGGUUCAGUCCUACUUUCAAAGCCUUGAACUCGUUCAGCUCUGAUGCUUCAGAUCAGGAGGGUUUUAUUCUUACCUGUGGCUCCUCACAGUAUUCCUAAAAAGAUCAUCUGUUAUUCUGCUUUAAAUCAAUUAACUCGCACGGACAUUUCGCUGAAAUGUGGGGAGUACAGAUCAGGAACAAAGCUUCAAGAAGCAGAGGAAACACAGGGUUCAUAAAUCUGUGACUGAGGAGAAAACUGUAGUUUUAAAAAUCCUCUGAAUUCCUACUAAAGGUUUACUGCUAUUUAACAGUAUUACAUGUUGAAAGCAUUUAAAAGGGAACAUCCGGCGUGGGAUGCAGAGACUCCGUUAUUAAAGACUCGUAUGCCUUGAAUCUUCUGGACGAUGCAAUCACAAGCCUCACAUAACAGGUCAAAGGUGCUCUGUGGAGUUUUACACACUAGAAGUUAUAAAACUUUAAACAUUUCUCACCAAAAGACUGAUUGCAUUGUAACACAGUGUGCUGUCGUCACUGUGAUUAAUAUAAUUUGAUUGAGCGGUGUCUGCCUGCUCCACUCGGUGCAUCACGGCGAGGCUGAGAGCAGAGAGAGGAGAAACGAUCACGUGCAGAUCACACAGGACAGGCAGGAACGCCACAGAGCAGCUUUAAAGGCGGUUAAUGUGAGCUGGAGCUCAGUUCAGCAGUGAGACAAUCCCGACUCGCAGUGAUGCUGAUCUGUUUCUGUAUGUGAGGCUGCACCUUUUUAAAGCUCUCAUCACUGUGUUUGUGUAUUAUUUACAUCUUUGUGACAAAGAGUUCAUUUCAAACCUGAGGAGCAAAGCGACUGAGCUGCACGAGUUCGACUCUACACCUGCACCGUUUCCACCUGCGUCACAUAUUCAGCAGUUAAAGAGGCAUUAAAUGAGAAACGCUGUUUAUCCACAGGAGCAGCAAACACUCUCCUCCUGCUGCACAGCACACCCCACACAGCACUCAGUGCUUCACAGUCACUCAAGGUAAAAUCUGCAGCCAUAAACUGCGUGUUUUUACGUGGAUGCGGUUACUGUGGAGACUGGCUCGAGUGGAUGGCUACAGGAGGGACAAAAAUAGAUGCGAGGGGCUGGAUUUACAUCAGCAGGAAAAAUGUCAGGCAGAACUGAUGGAUAGAGAGGAAAACAAGUGAUUAAUAAUGAGGGACUGAGCAAAGUUCUCAGCACGGUGAUGGAUUUCAGAGAGAAACGGAGCAGCGCAGUGAUUUUGGGAUUGAAGGGUAGACACUAUGCACACGUCCAGAUUUAUGCACUUACUGUGCUCACGUCAUCAUGUAGAAAAGCUACUGAUUUUUCAAAUGUCCUCCAUUCAGUGGCAUGACUGUGGAGCUGCUGCAUGAGCACUAUACACGUUCAGUAUUAUGCAGAGUUAUCUUAUAUUCAGCCUUGCUGCUUCUUACUUUCAGUCUCUGAUGUUAUCUGCUAAAUGCCUGUAUCUGUGUAGCACUUCCUGCCAUCCCUGUGAUCAGUGGAUGAGCACCUCCACCUCUUCAGCUCCCUUUAUACUGAAAGUAGAGGCAGAGGCCCCCAGAGGGGCAGAGUGUAUACCGGAGACAUUAUGCUGGUGAGUGCACACAGUUUGUCGCUCAGUGACAGCCGUGUCAGCUGUGACCGUGACGUAGAAGCUGUCAAACCUGCUGCCUAACCUCGUCUGGUUUCAUGCAGAUACACGAAGGUAACCACAGGGGAUCAAAGUGGAUCGAUGCGUUCUCAUCCCGACUGUUACGUACUCCUGUCAGAUGAUGCUGGUGUCACAGAAAUAUGCACAAGGUGUCCUUUGGUAUCAGCGCCUCCUUUUGAAACUAGGUGGUGCCGCUGGCAGCUGAUGUACUCUUUGAUUAAACAUGACAGUAAGAAAAAAAGGGUUUGCAUGAUGUGAGCGCCUCAGAGUUUUCCUCUCUGCUGGUCUAACAGCUGAUCGCUUUGGACGCCGUCUCAGUGAAAUGUCAUUUUUCUGUGGAGCAUAUUUUCCUCUCCUGUGGCCCCUCUGAGCCUCUGCAGCUCUUCAUUUCAUACCCACAAGGCUUAAAUUUACUACCAGCUGCCUGUUAAUAACAGAGAUGAUUUUAUUUACCUUAUAAAGCCCGUCUGUGCAAAAAAUAUGAAACUCCAUCACCAGGAGCACCACAGAUUUUGGACAGAAAGUCUGAACUUUGUGUUUUAUAACCCGAGUACAGUUUACAGAGUGCAGUAUGAGCAAAGACUGCUGUGGAAGUUAAAAAACAUCAUCUGAGCUGUUAAGUGUAUAAAAUGUGAAAAUCUGCAGUUACAGAUUUUACAGACCUGAGUCUGAAACGUGUCCACUUUUCUAAGUGAGCUUGUGCUUGAAGUCAGUUAUAGCUUUGACUUUAGGGGUGUUAUUUGGGCUAAAGCUUUACUUCAGAGAUGUUUGUAGUGGUUCGAAAAUGCAGUUUGGGGUUUGAUGUGUCACAUGUGAUGUUUUCAGUGUCUUCUUCCUCCUUCUUCACGCAAGUGCAACAACACAGGCAGAAAUCUUGUGCUCAUGUGUGCAGAGGUGACCUGCUGGGAAUGUGAGCGCACACCCUACAUGCUAAAGUAGCCCGGCUGCCUUAAUCUUGGACACUUGCUGCUUAUUCUUUCUACAUAAAUUCAUAAAUAUUUUCCUCACAUAUAAGUUUAUUUUAUGAAAACAUUUGUUACAAGCUGCCGAUCACACCAUUGUUUCCCUUCAUGUUUGCAUCUUUGCAGAUACUAAGAUGAGAGCUGUGACGAUCACGUGGCAACUUUGUUACAGUAAAAUGUGAAGGUGAAUAUCAGACAUUUGGGAGUUGUAUAAAAUUAUAAUAAAGAUUUUUUAUUAUA